GGACAACCGAGGUUCGCUAGCCUGUGAGCCGUGGGUAGUAAACUCUUGGCUGUCGGGCGCGCACAUUAGUUUCGGUUGCCUAAUCGCACACUAUAUAAGACAGGCUGCAUGCCACCACACCGGGACAUAGCCAGCCGCUGGCUACUUGCUCGGUCGUCAAGGCAAACUCUGUCGCAUUGGAUCAGUCGAGCGAGCUAGCCUGACCAUCACUGAGCAGUUCCAGAAACAACCUGAAGUUCUUCCCACAGCUCGUCUCUGGCGCAUUCCUCCCUCCCGGAGUGGUGCUUCUCGACCUGCUCCUCCACCUCCUAGUGCUCCUCCCCACCUUCUUGCAACUGGUGCUCCUUGGCUUGGUUUACCUUGGGCUGGUGCUACUUGGUCUGGUGCUCUUCAGUCAACUCCCCACCCGAACAAGUAUCGCCAGUCGAGCAAUCCCGAGAUGAGCUCUAGCAUCUUUAUCCCCGAGCCGAUUCACCUGAGAAGACUUCAAAAGUUCCAACGUGCGGAUGAUCAUGCGACUAAGGAGAGCCGAGUUACUGCAUCCGUGAUGCCCAUGAUCGAAGGAGAUCCUGGAGACACCAAAUGUGUCGCCAGCGACAUACCUUUUACGAACCUCGAUCACUUAACAGAUGGAUCACUCGACACCCAUGACUCUUAUUCAACGGUGACUUUUGCAGGCACGAGACAAGUCUUAAAGUAUUGGUAGAGACUAAGACCAGGAUUUACCCAUCCUCUGGUACACAAUCA